AUGGACUCCCAAACCGUCAUGGCCACCCUCAUCGACCCGCAGCUCCAGAUGAUGGGCCCUGAGUCGACCACUACAAGCAUGCAGUAUCCUCUGCCAACAACCUUGGACACAUGGAGCACUCUGUUUGAGCCCUUGGACUUUGCACCGCCUACGCAGGACAUGGGGAUGAUGGAAGCCGGGUUCCAGAGCGAUGCGGCCUCUCCCAUGUCUCCCUUCCGCAAGUCUGAGCACGACUUUGGCUCCUCCAUGUCUCCCUUUGAGGGCACCCUCAGCCUGGACGAGUCGCCCGGCAACACCUCCAUUUCCACAGGACUCUCCGAGUCCGGGGCCACCAGAGGCACAGAUCAAAAGACAUCAAAGACGACCACGCCCAAGAGGAGCCGCCGCCGCCACAGCGAGGCGGAAAAGAAGGACCUCAUCAAGCAGCGCAACCGGGUGGCCGCCUCGAAAUGCCGGCAGAAGAAGAAGGAAAAGGUUGACGAGCUCAAGGAGAUCAAGUCGAGCCUCGAGCGGCGCAACAGCGAGCUCCAGCUCGAGUACCAGCGCCUCCGCCAGGAGCUCGGCCAGGUCAAGAGCCACCUGAUACGCCACACCGACUGCAACGACCCCAACAUUGACCGCUGGGUCGAGAACGAAGCCAAGAGCUACGUGCAGAAGCUGGUGCAGACUAGCGAGCAGCGGCGCCUGGGCAGCGUAUGCAGCAUGAGCAGCGCCGAUGGCGUCGUCGACGGCCUGCACAUGCGCACGCACUCUCUUCCUUCCACGGGGAUGCCCUCUGAAGAUCCAUACAUGGGACUGGGAUGA